AGAAUACAUCCUGUCAGAAUUACUUGAUCACACCAAGCUUCAAUAAGGGCAUCCGUAAUUAUACGUACAGUCGUUUGCAUGUACUAUCGCCCUCGAGCAUUGACGGAACCCAAUCGAUGGACGGCGGUACUCCUCAAAACCGACCUACAGUAGCUCGAGAGGCCAAGGGGAAAAACAGAGCGCCUUCAGAGCCAGGGAGGUCAACCAACCCUAGCGGGGCUCAUCGACAAACAAAAGUAGCAUCCUCUCGUCAGAUAUCCCAUUCCGACAAUGUACAGCAAUUUUCGCAAGCGCUGAACUACAUGACCCCGACAGGCAAUUAUGCACAUCCACAAUCUGUCUUUGUUAUGGGGAAUAUGGCGUCCGCGCUGCCUAGCUAUCCGUCCGGUCCGAUCCAAUAUGAGCAGCAAAGUAUUCAGCAGCAGCAGUUUGUCCCUGUCUGUCCCAAUCCAGCCUCCAUGUACGGCAUGCCGCAAUUUCAGUCGUUCCCUGCGUCCGCACCCAACCCAAGCAUGAUGUUCCACGCUCCGUAUCCUCAGAUGUAUAUGCCCUAUGUUCAGCAACAGCAGCAACAUCCGGAUGCCACAAUUUCGGUCGCCAAUAACCCAAACUCUGGUUCACCCCAGAAUCCGAUGGGCGCGUACGGGCAUGGCUACCUUCAUCCAAAUGUGUAUGCGACGCAGGGGCAUCAUUCAAGACUUGCGAAUGUCUUACGCCCGUCUCCACAACUGUAUAAUCAAACCGAUCCGAACACGCGGAAAGCAAACGACGGUCGAUCAAAAGAGGAUAAAAAGCGGAUCACAAUUGUUGAUGGAUCGGCCCAGAUGAAAUCAUUCGUCACACAGGGUCCAUCAGCAGGUAAGCGCACACCAUGCUGCAAACUGUCUGCGGUAAUGGGAGAAGAAAAAGAAGAAGAGGAAAAGGGCAAAAAACUAACAGUGGUGGUUGGAUCAGCUGCUCCUAGGUCGAACCUGCCGAAAGGACCGUCGAGGAAACCGAAGCAAUCCGGCAAUGCCCUUUGGGUUGGGAAUCUCGCACCGGGUACAAAUAUCGUCGAGCUCAAAGACCAUUUUUCGCAAGAUGCUACAAAGGACCUAGAGAGCGUGUUUCUUAUUUCGAGAAGCAACUGUGCGUUUGUGAAUUACAAAACGGAAGAGGCUUGCAUCAAAGCUUUAUCAAGGUUUCACGACACCAGGUUACGGGGGGCGCGGCUCGUUUGUCGGGUACGUCGGGGUUUGAUGUCCCCUGGGCCGCACAGCGAGCUCACCGGUCUAGCAGACCAAUCUUCGAUGAAGGAGGCGGAGGAGAUGGUAAAGACUACCGGCACCGAAGAUGACGGACGGGAAGGUUCAUACUCCAUGCGCGUGCCUAACAGAUACUUUAUUUUGAAAAGCUUGACGGUUGAAGAUCUCGAACUCAGUUGGCAGAGUGGUAUUUGGGCUACCCAGACCCACAACGAAGAGAGCCUCAACCGGGCGUUCGAGAACGCAGAUAACGUUUACCUUUUCUUUUCCGCAAACAAGUCGGGUGAAUAUUACGGUUACGCUCGGAUGAUGUCAACGAUAAAGGACGACGAAAGCCUAACCCUUGAGAUGCCGCCACGGUCGGAGCAUCAUUCCUCCAACGAACCAGAUAGCCCCGAUGUCACCCCGGCGCCUGCAUCAAGAUCAGCGCCGAACGGUCGCAUCAUAAACGACGUCGCGCGGGGCACAAUUUUCUGGGAAGCAGAUACGUCGGAGGAUGAGGAGGGCCUCCCCCGACAGCAUAAGAACGCCUAUCAUCCUCCGAAUGAGCAGCAGAGUCAAGCCCCCGCUGAGCUUCAGCUAAUCGGAAAGCCAUUUCGAAUCCGGUGGCUCUCCACCGAAAGAGUUCCCUUCCACCGCACACGAGGCUUACGCAACCCGUGGAAUGCGAAUCGAGAAGUGAAAAUAGCUCGCGACGGCACCGAGCUUGAGUUCUCCGUUGGGGAGAAGCUGGUGCUUUUAUUCCAUCCCAAGUCCUCGGGAUGA